GAAUAACUGUUAACUAAAAGCUUUUUCUCCGCGUGGCGAGUUACCUGGCUGUUGUUCCCUCCCUCCAGUGACUUACUUGAUUGACUACCAGUCCCCAGUCAAGUCAACCUAGGUCCCAAGUCUGGUUCUUCCCCCAGGACUAAUAAGAACUGAACGCGACUCCGGGGCUGACUUCCCGUCUCUUGUCUCUCUGACUUUGACUUUGACUCUGUCCUGACUCUGAGCUGCUGUUGUCGGUUGGCAUUGGCACCACCUGUGAGUGUUUCGUCUCUCGCUUCGCCUCGCCUCGCCUCUCUUUUGCACUGCAUUGCUCUGCACACCGUUGCAGCACAGGCGAGCAAGCAAGAAGCAAGAUGCACCACACCACCGCCACCCCCGAGGACGAGAAGAUCCAGCAAUACGGCUAUGGCGGACCGCAGGUGGUCAGCUGUGACGACGAGGCCCCCGCCAAGGGGGAGAUGGAGCUGAACGUGGGCGGACGGGGAGGCACACAGCGACGCCUGAAGAACUACCAGGUCAGCAUGAUCGGGUUCUGCGGCGGCAUAGGCACCGGUCUCUUCGUGGGGACGGGGUCCGCGUACGCUGACGCCGGCCCAGCCGGACUGCUGCUGGCCUACAUCGUGAUCGGAUUUAUCCUGUGGUGCGUCAUGCAGAGCAUCGCCGAGCUGGCGACGCUGCUGCCCACGGCCGGGUCGUUCCCGCACUGGGCGACGCGGUUCAUCGAUCCGGCGGUUGGUUUCUCGCUGGCGAUCACUUACGGAUACUGCUAUACGAUUGCCAUCGCGUCGGAGGUGUCCGCGUCGGCGGUCAUCGUGGCUUACUGGACGGAUAUAUCCCCUGCGGUGGUGAUCACCGUCGGGCUGGUGCUGAUCCUCGGGAUCAAUCUGAUGAGUGUGCGGUUCUACGGCGAGAGCGAGGUGAUAGCCGGCAUGAUCAAGGUGAUUUGCUUUGUUGGGCUGGUGUUCGUCGCCAUUGUGAUCACGGCGGGCGGAGGCCCGAAUCAUCAGAGUAUCGGGUUCAGGUACUGGCAUCAUCCCGGCGCGUGGACGAACUACAAUGGUAUCACUGGGCCGACGGGUCACUUCCUCGGCUUCCUGUCGGCUUUCGUCAACGCCUCGUUCAGUUUUGUCGGUGUCGAGACCGUCGUCAUUACCGCUGCUGAGUCCGUCGACCCCCACUACGCUAUCCCCAAGGCUGCUCGUCGCGUCACCUACCGCAUCGCCUUCUUCUACAUCCUCGGUGCCCUGCUCAUCGGAAUGAUCGUCAGCCCGACCAAUGCCGCCCUGGUCUCGGGAUCCGGUAACGCCAACAGCUCCCCCUGGGUUAUUGCCAUCAAGCAGGCCGGGAUCACGGCCCUGCCGUCCAUCGUCAACGCCUGCGUGCUCAUCUCCGCCUGGUCCGCCGGUAACUCCUACUGCUGGGUCGGGUCGCGCAUGAUCGUGGCGAUGACCACUGAUCACCAGCUGCCGCAGCUGUUCGGCCGCGUGAACAGGAUGGGCGUGCCAUACUACGCGGUGCUGGCCUCGUGGCUGUUCGGUCCCCUGGCGUAUCUGAGUCUCGGCUCCGGCGGCCCCUCGCAGGCCUUCACCUGGCUGCUGAACCUGAGCACCAUCGCCGGUCUGAUCGCGUGGGCGACGCUUUCGUUCUGCUACAUCCGGUUCCACGCCGCGAUGAAGGCGCAGGGCGUCAGCCGCGAUACCAUUCCCUGGAAGGGGCCCUUCCAGCCGUACACGGCGUGGGUGGGCUUCAUCGGCUCGACCAUCAUCACCCUGGUGGCCGGCUUCCCCGUCUUCCUCAAGGGCAACUGGUCCACGUCGAACUUCUUCGCCUCGUACGUGGGUAUUCCGAUCUUCGUCGUGCCCAUUAUCCUGUGGAAGGUCUUCAAGCGCACCAAGUUCCUGAGCACCACCGAGAUCGACCUCUGGUCCGGCCGUCUGCAGGAAGGAGAGAUUAUCGUCAAGGAGGGAGGGCCCAAGACGCGGCUGAGACGCUUCGUGGAGUGGUUCUUCUAGUUCAAUUCGUUCUUGGUUCUUCGUUCGUUCGUUUGUACAUAGAUGUGCGCCUAGAUGGUGAUACCCAACAUCGCUUUAAUUACAUUUUCCCCUGGCCAUCGUAUGUUUUUUUUUUUUUUUUUAUAAUGUUGCUCACGCGGACUGGAACUGCUCGCCCAGUCGCUUGAUAUCGUUGUAUGAAGCCUUGCAGCAGCCGCCGACCAGCACGGCGCUGAACUGGCCGGUCGCGACCGUGUCGUUGACCACCUGCGCGAGUUGGACUU